GUGACAUCAGGCAGCCCUCGCAGUGCUAUGUGGGCUACUGGAGGGUUCGGAUCUGGUCCUCCGGACGGCGGAGUGUUGUUGGCGGAAGGGAAGAGGCGGCAGUAACGGAUCGGAGGAGGGACAGCGAGGGCCGAUGGAUCGGACAGCCGGAGCCAAGAGGCGAGGGCCCGGCGGCGGCGGUGGGGGAGGCCUGAGCUCCAACUCCCGGUCCCUUUCGGCCAACAGCCUGCCGGUUGCCGGCGGGGCCUCCCCAAAGCCCAGUCCCGCUAGCUCCCGGCGCAGGAGGCAGCCGCCCCGGCCCGCCGACUACAAGCUGCAGGUCAUCAUCAUCGGCAGCCGGGGAGUUGGCAAGACCAGCCUGAUGGAGCGCUUCACAGACGACACCUUCAGCGAGGCCUGCAAAUCCACCGUCG